UUCGAACACAUAAGUGUAACGUUUCCUUACCCAUCGGCGUCUUCCAGAUGGAGCGCGAUCUCUGAAGCGGAAGAGAAAGAAGCUUGAACACAAGCUCUGUCUGACUUCUUCUCCAACUUAAGGUGGAUACUGGGGGAGGGAGAAGAAAGAAGCCAUGCUCUCGAGGAUCCACGGCGUCGUGUGGGCUGAAGAUGGAGGCGAGGAGGAGGACGCUGCGUCGUGGACGAGAGCAAACACGCCCAGCGCCAGCGGGGAAGCGAUGGGCGAAAGCAAGGACGAGCUCGGCCUCCCCAGCUUCAAGUCCAUGCUCGACGACGACUGGUACUUGGGUGGCGGCGCUACUUCCAACCCCGCGACGUCUACCGCCGCCCAUUACCCCUUCGAAGUCUUCCAGGCGCAUCGAGACGUAGCCUUUCCCUCGAACCCGAAGCCGCACGAGGCCUUGCUGCUCCCUGUCGUCGACGACCUCGAUCAAAGCCAGCCCUUUUUCACCGCAAAGUCCGCCUUUGCUUCUCUCUUCGGCGCUGUUUGUUCGAAUCCUUUCGACGCCGGGCUUGAUCUAGGGUGCGACGCUCCGGGUUUUCUUCCGGCUCCCCAAGUGUCUAAUACACGCGUCUUGAUGAACAGAGGCGGCGGCGGCGGUGGGGGAGGAAUCCUUGGUUUCGCUGGAAUGGUGGCGGGUGAGCAACUUGGUUGUCCCGAUCUGAGCUCCGGAGCUGAAUUCGCCGGUAGUCGUCUGCUACUCCCAUCCGAAAACUGUGAUGGUUCCAUCUCCGGUGUCGCCGUGGGCUCCAUGGGCUUCGACAACUUCGACAAUUCUCCAUUUCUCAACCGGUCUAAGUUGCUGAGGCCUCUGGAGAUCUUCCCUCCUGUGGGCGCGCAGCCGACUCUGUUCCAGAAACGGGCGGCGGCCGCUCUCCGCCAGAAUCCAGCGGCUGCCGGCAAAAAAGGUGGCUUCUUGGGGCGAUGGGGCUCGGAAGGAGCGGGACAGGGUAACGGUAGCAAGUCUGCUUUGGAAGAAGAGAACGAGAAGAAGAGGAAGGGGAACGAGGACGAGGAGAUGGACGACGGAAGCGUCGACGCGUCAGGAUUGAACUAUGACACGGAUGAAGUUGCGGUAGAGAAUGCCAAGGACGAGGAUAAUGCCACGGGCGGUGGUGGGGGUAGCAACUCGAUUGCCAACAGCACAGUGACAGCACGUGGUGGAGACCAGAAGGGGAAGAAGAAGGGCCUCCCUGCAAAGAACUUGAUGGCCGAGAGGAGGAGAAGGAAGAAGCUCAAUGACCGGCUUUACAUGCUUAGAUCUGUUGUUCCCAAGAUCAGCAAGGUGAAAUCUUCAUCACCUACAGUUCUUUGUUAGAAGUUCUCCAAUACUUUUUGACUUACUCAGUUGUGUGUAUCCUGAAACCAAUUCUUCAAGAGCAAAUUUGCAGCCAUCUUGUUUGCAAUUAAGUAUGUUUAUGCGAUCAUCA